GCGCGGGCACGCUCAACAUCUGAAGACAUCCUCAAUCGAGCUCUGACAACAGGAUUCAUAUUUCUGGAGCUCUGUGUCUGUCGGGUUGGAAAUACAUGGAUAAAAGAUGACUGAUGACUGAGGAACAUUUAUCUUUUCCUGGGCUUCGUGUCGGUGAUGGCUGACCUCAUGCUGCCAGAAUCAAGAAGGUGUAAUAAUUUCUUCCUCUACGAUGGAUCCAAAGUCAGAGGAGAGAGCGACCAAACAAGAGAGGGAAUCUGCUACUUCUACCCUGAAGAGACUCCUUUAGAUGAGCAGGAGCUGCUCUGUGGUCAGCUGGCAGGCGCGGGUCGCUGUGUCUCUGAACUCUCGUCCUCUCCUGUGCGGAUCCUGAACCUGCACCGCCACAAGUUCGCCAUUCGCAUGGAAGAUGAGUUCUUUUGGGCUCUGGGCUGCUCAGUGGAAGUCCCCACCGUCAGUGUAUGUGAGCUCCUGGAUCAGCUCAUAAACCUUUUCUGUUUCUACAAUGGGUCGGUCAGACAGAGCUACCAGCUGAACAGUCAGGAGACUCUGGCGGCUCGUUGGGCGCAGUACCUCUCCCACCUGCAGUCAGGAUCCUCAGAGCUUCAGCACAUCUUCAGCUGCUUGAAGACCAUCGACUCAACUAAUGUUGAUCCACUUCUGCUGCUCAAAGCUGCCCUCAUUCUUCAGGCCUGUCAGCGCUGCCCUCUGGUGUUAGCAGGCUGUAUUCUUUUCAGAGGAAGAGUUGUAAGCACACAGAUGUCUCCCCAACUCACAAUGAAGGUGAUGGUUCAUGAGAGUACAACAUACACCAAGCCCCAGAGACCCAAUGGACCGAGUAGCUCAUUUGGCGGUGCUGUCAGCUCCACCACUGUGUUCCUAACCCCGUCUGAACUUCGGUACCUGCAAUCCGCCCCCGUCAACAAAGAUUUCAGUUCCCACUCUACUCCACACAAAAACACCCCCCUAAAGAAGACCCGCCUGUCAAGAACGUUAUCAGACACUCCCUCCUCCACAGAGUCAGAGCCGUCUGAUCCAGGAAACUCCCAGUCUCCCCAGAAGCUCCUCAGCCCUCACCUUUCAGUGAGCUCCAUGUUUAGCCAAGAUCCAUCACAAAGCACCCCCAAUCCACCCCCUCCGCAGCCUCUCGAGCCUCCUCUCUCAAACGGGAAACACUCCCCUGAGGAGUGCCCCUCCCCGGAGGCACUGGAGGAGUCGUAUUAUCACAGCUUUCACAGUAACGGAGAUGGAGGCAGUCAGAUAGAUAACGGUGGAGACACCUCAGUUGGAGAAAACUCCCAUCUAAAUGGAGGUGUCGAUGAUGGAGCUUGUGGAGAAGUGUUUGACUUCAGAGGAACUGAGGAGUCACAUGACCACCAGGUUUCUGAAGAGGUCAGAGGACGUGGCUCUGGGAUAGUUCCAGGCCAUAAGGUAGAGAGGUCAGAUCCUCCUCACUCCGAUGCUUUUGAGCACCCAGGGGAGACUCCACUGAUUCCCAUGACGCUGUACCUGCACAGGGUCAAAGGACUGGUGCUGGCUCUGCUGGUGGAGCCGCACUUCUUAAGUGACACAGCUUCAAUGGAGGAAGUGUAUCACAGCAGCCUGGCGUCACUCAAUGGACUGGAGGCUCACUUGAGGAGUGUCUCUCCUGGGGCCCCUGGCGCUCUAGGGCCCUACAUCUUUGCCCAUUUUGACUGCAUUCAGAGCACACUGACAUCCAACCUGUCUGGUCGACCAGGGGGAGCCCCGGAGCAGCCCUUUGUGAGGGCCACAUCACUCCUUCACUCGCAUUUUUGUAACACUGAAACUCUGCAGGAGGCUAUUAUCAGGAGUGCAGGAGCUGCUGUGUAUGGGACCCGCAGCGUGGCCCAGGAAACUUACUUCCAGCAGCACGGGGGAUCGCUGAGGAACUCUGGCAUCCCUAACCACCAGGACAGUGCUUUCUCUCUGCCCGGCAAGGCCCGCCACAGACUGCUGAAACACGGGGUUAACCUGCUCUGACAGCACAGUGAGAGGAGCUGUGGUUUGUUAACAUGCGGAGAGCUGCCCUGUGAGUAACCUGAAAAAGUAGGGAGAAGAAGAAGGUUCCUCUGUUUUUUACCGCUGUGGUUCAGUUGUUCCCACAGAAGAUUGUUUAAUGAUGUAUGAAUCUUUUACAUUCAUAGCAGAACUUUUUCUAUUUGUGUAGCUAUAAAUCACAGAGAGGAUUAAAUUAAAGUUAAUGUAGAGGAAGACUUGUUCACAACGAGGUUUUAUAAAUAGUUUCAUUUGUUAUGGCUUGAGUAAAAUGUUGUCUCAAUAUUAUUUCUGUUAUGUCUUAAAUGUUACCUUUUUGUAUCUAAAAGUGCACAAUUGCCUUAUCAAGCUCCUGUUUGCACUCUGCACACAUUAUUAUGCAGCAUUUUUACAACCAGUUUCCAGUCAGUCAAAUAAUCAACUCAUCGAAUGUAAUCAUUUCUCUAACCUUUAUUUUUUAAUCAAUAGGAAAUGUAGACAUCUUUGUUCUAUUUUAUCAUGCAUCAUUCCUUGAUACAUCACUGUGUUGAUUUAGUGCACAAUUUCUCAAAUGAUCUAAAAAGUUUGUAUAAAAUAUCUAUUUAUUUCAAAUCAAAUCUUGGUAGCAUGAACAUGUGUUAUUUAACAAUUGAGUUACUGUGUCCUUUGUUAAAAGACGUGUGUUUUCUUAAGUUUGCCUAGAAGACAUCCCCUGUGAUACACUGUAGUGCAUUAUUAGUGGAAAUUAAAUGAAUACAUGAUCCUCUG